CUAAGCGAAGACAUCGGCUAUGUGUUAUACUCCGCAUUGGGUUCUUUCUACUUGCCCAGCUGCAUUAUGGUUUUUGUCUAUAUACGAAUUUAUUAUGCCGCUAAAGCGAGAGCGAGACGCGGCAUCAAAAAACAUCCGCGYAAAACAAACAACGAACAGGUAACGAGUUUCACCACCAUCGGUAAGAAGGGCACCAUACCGAUGCCAUCGUCGAGCGCCAUGAGYGCUUUACAAAUGAAUCAACAGCGUCAGAUAGCCACCAUCGAAACACCACCGAACAGCGCCGCGCUGCCAAUGCAAAUACCUACUGUGACGUGCGAUCUCGCGUCCGACAUCUCCACCUCCGAGGCUGCCGACAUGGAGCCGCAUCCACUUGUCUAUCCCAAUGGAAAUUCGAAUGUACCGUCCCCACUCACAAUGCUCACGCCCGGUUCGCCCAACUGCACGCUCACCGCGACGGAUAAGGAGACGCUUAAGGUGAGCACAAUAGCGACGGGACACGAUGCGCUCAAUGUGCCUGUGCCGCCGUCGAUGGCUGCCGCAGCAGCGACAGCUAACUCGAACACACCGAACAACAAUAACAAUGACAGUGUUGCGCCCAUUGAUAUUGAGGGCAUGACCAGUGGGACAGCGACGGCGACAAACGCGGCAACGGCCAAUACAGCUGUUGGCGGCGCGACGUUAACCACACCGAAUGCUAGCGGUGGGCUGACAGCUGGCGCUUCACCGAAUGAACUGCGUGUCUCGCCCAUCGCUGCGCGAUGUCGUGCGCUUUCGGUKGGCAUCGACACCGACAUGGUUAGCGAAUUCGAUCCAUCCAGCUCGGAUUCGGGUGUGGUGAGCAGAUGUGCGGUAGUGAAACCGCUAAAGUUUCGACUCUGCCAACCGAUAUUCGGACGCAAGUCGGCAAAUCAAACACGUCGCAAUGAGGCGAAGACGACAGCGACGGCCGUAGCAACAGCGAAGACGCUGAAACCMUGUGAAGUGACCAAAGGUGAACUCGAACCGGCCAUACCGAAAUUGCAGAAACCACGCGACCCCGAAAAGGAGAAACGACGCAUCGCGCGGAAAAAAGAGAAACGUGCCACACUCAUAUUGGGUUUAAUUAUGGGCAGUUUCAUUGCCUGUUGGCUGCCGUUCUUCUUCCUCUACAUACUAGUGCCGGUCUGCGGCAGCUACUGCAACAUACCAGACUUUGCGUUUGCGGUCGCAUUUUGGCUCGGCUACAUGAACUCCGCCUUGAAUCCGGCCAUCUACACCAUCUUCAAUAAGGACUUUAGGCGCGCCUUUCGUCGCAUACUAUUCAAGUGAUGUUUGGCCUAUGUGUGCUGUUAUCGGUGCGUUCAUGCGAGCAUUGAGAAGGCCACCGAACGUGCCAUGGGCAGCACACCCAUUGGUUAUGGCAUGUACCAUUACCGGCGAUAG